AGUAUAGGUAAAAUCGGGUGAAAGGAGCACCAGUUGAGUUGCGUUGAGUCGGUGUCCAGUAAAUAUAGUAAUAGUGUUCAGUAGCCAACAGCAAGUGCGAGACAGACGACUAUCGAAAGUGAAACUGCUUUUGGGCUCGGGUGAAAUCAUGGUAGCAUCGAAAUCCUUUACGUGGCACACUACGAUAUGCGGUGCGUUGCUUGCGUUCGGCCUACUAGGUGGAUAUCUUCUGCAGUUGGUGGGAUCACAGGAGGCGGAACAAGAACGGCCCUGGUAUGAGGCCCUGCCGGCCGUGGCCAUGGACUACAAAGUGCACAUCGAAGCAGGCAAAGAGGACUGCUACUACCAAUACGUUCAACCGGGCAGCACUUUCUACGUUAGCUUCCAGGUGAUCCGCGGGGGAGACGGCAUGGCCGGAUUCGCGGUGCGAAACCCUCGCGGGGAAAUCGUACACCCAUACCAGUGGCAGGCGUCCAGUGAUUACACAGAUGGUUCCUCGAUGGGAGGCUACUAUGCCGUCUGUAUCGACAAUCAGUUUGCCAAGUUCGCCAGCAAGAUGGUCAACCUGUACCUGACGGUCAUUCGGUACGACGAAUGGGAGAAGUACACGAAGGAGAUCGAAGACCUCAACGUCAACAUGAACAACUUUACGAACACGAUAUCGACCGUGGAGCGUAACCUGAAUGCCAUGUUCCAGCACCAGGCGUACUCGCGCAACCAGGAAGCCCGCGACUACGCUCUGAUUGUCGAUAACAAUUCCUACGUGCAGAAGUGGUCCCUGCUGCAGAUCGUGGUCAUCAUCCUGACGACCUCGGUCCAGGUGUACUUCGUGCGGAAACUGUUCGACGUCAAAACCGGCAACAGCAAGAUGGGAAUCUAGAAUAUCUGGGAUACGUGUAGAAGGUCGUCGAAGGUUGUGAAGAUAUAAAACUUUUCAUAUACCACCACCAUUCCAAGCUUCGGAAAGCGAGCACAACGAGAGAGGGGAGUUAUAAUAGGCUACUAAAAAGUCUCGAAGCGGAUUCGAGAAAUCAUAAAAGGACAAAGGAGAAGCGAUUUCGUUCAAAUUAGGUUUGUUAUUUUGAGAUUUUCAACUGUAUUAGUUUAUUGUUAGUCGAUUUUGUACGAAUCGCGGAACGUGUCCUGUGGAUUGUACUUUGUCUUAAUCACUUUGGAAGUGAACCAGUUAUUAGAGGAGAAUAUUGUUCGUCCAUUUCUUUUGGAGGGAGGCUGAUCAAAUCAAAUAAAUAACGACUGAAAACAAAAAAAAAACUAGU